AUGUCGCAGAGAGCCUCCAGCCCACCUCUCAAGGUUCCCAACAUGUUCCUGGCUGAUGGGACACCUAGUUGUGCCAGGACAGAUCCUGUCUCCCACUCUACCCAUCUCCAACUCAACCCAUCUCCCACUCAACCCAUCUUCCACUCAACCCAUCUCCCACUCAACCCAUCUCCCACUCAACCCAUCUUCCACUCAACCCAUCUCCCACUCAACCCAUCUCCCACUCAACCCAUCUUCCACUCAACCCAUCUCCCACUCAACCCAUCUCCCACUCAACCCAUCUCCCACUCAACCCAUCUUCAACGCAACCCAUCUCCCACUCAACCCAUCUUCCACUCAACCCAUCUUCCACGCAACCCAUCUCCAACUCCACCCAUCUUCCACGCAACCCAUCUCCCACGCAACCCAUCUCCAACUCAACCCAUCUCCCACUCAAUUCAUCUCCUACUCAAUCCAUCUCCCACUCAACCCAUCUCCCACUCAACCCAUCUCCCACAGAACCCAUCUCCCACACAACCCAUCUCCCACACAACCCAUCUCCCACACAACCCAUCUCCCACACAACCCAUCUCCCACGCAACCCAUCUCCCACACAACCCAUCUCCCACACAACCUAUCUCCCUCACAACCAAUCUCCCACACAACCCAUCUCCCACGCAACCCAUCUCCAACUCAACCCAUCUUCCACGCAACCCAUCUCCCACGCAACCCAUCUCCAACUCAACCCAUCUCCCACUCAAUUCAUCUCCUACUCAAUCCAUCUCCCAUUCACCGCAUCUCCCACACAACCCAUCUCCCACACAACCCUUCUCCCACACAACCCAUCUCCCACUCAACCCAUCUCCCACACAACCCAUCUCCCACUCAACCCAUCUCCCUCGACACAACCCAUCACCCUCGACACAACCCAUCACCCUCGACACAACCCAUCACCCUCGACACAACCCAUCACCCUCGACACAACCCAUCACCCUCGACACAACCCAUCACCCUCGACACAACCCAUCACCCUCGACACAACCCAUCUCCCUCGACACAACCCAUCACCCUCGACACAACUCAUCUCCCUCGACACAACCCAUCACCCUCGACACAACCCAUCACCCUCGACACAACCCAUCACCCUCGACACAACCCAUCACCCUCGACACAACCCAUCACCCUCGACACAACCCAUCACCCUCGACACAACCCAUCACCCUCGACACAACCCAUCACCCUCGACACAACCCAUCUCCCUCGACACAACCCAUCACCCUCGACACAACUCAUCUCCCUCGACACAACCCAUCUCCCUCGACACAACUCAUCUCCCUCGACACAACUCAUCUCCCUCGACGCAACCCAUCUCCCACUCAACCCAUCUCCCUCGACACAACCCAUCUCCCUCGACACAACUCAUCUCCCUCGACACAACUCAUCUCCCUCGACGCAACCCAUCUCCCACGGCACAACCCAUCUCCCACUCAACCCUUCUCCCUCGACACAACCCAUCUCCCACUCAACCCAUCUCCCUCGGCACAACCCAUCUCCCACUCAACCCAUCUCCCUCGGCACAACCCAUCUCCCACUCAACCCUUCUCCCUCGACACAACCCAUCUCCCACUCAACUAA